AGCGGGCGUCGCAGCAGGACGCGCGCGCGUCCGAUGCUGCUCCCGUCCUCGGACCCGUCGAGCUCAGCCGCCCAGACCGCAGAGGCACCUCGCUAUCUCUGGCUAUGCUUCCCCCGCACCCGGCUUCUGCACCCUGCUGGCGGCUGCAUCUCUGCAUGUCAUGCAUGUGCUCUGGCCGCUUGGCCCGUAUCUGUCAGACUUGCAGACGAGCGUGCGAUGACGGGACGUCUACCGGUCCGCCGAGCGUGUGCUUCCGCUCUCGUCUCUGCAGCUCAGAAUGCGGGGCCCCUCAUGGACUAGAUUGUCAAGCCGACUGCGUGAGAGAUGCUGCCCUGCUGCUACGCGGAUCGUCGUCAUCCCUCGCUCCUGUCCGCUGUGCUUGCCGGCCGCUGUCCAUAGCUGCCGCAGCAGAGAGAACGCAGAGCAUGGCGGCACACGCCUUUCGCACGGCUGGCGAGCACCCUCGUCUCGUCCGAGACGAGUCCCGGGCACGGCAGACGACGCCCAAUGUUGAGCACGCAGCACGCGCGACGCAGCACGCAGGCCUCGAACUGUUGAGCCUCGCUGCGGCGUCUGCAUGACCCCGUCUGCUGCGGGCUGUCUGCUGUCGUCAGGCGUGGGGCCGACAAGAAGCGUGCCGAGAGAAGGGCGGGCUCCUGAGCUUCCGCAACCUCCCGGCGCGGCGCAUGGGUGCGUCGGGACGCGCCGGCGGCUGAGUUCUGCAGGCUGCGGCCGCAGAAAAGUGCGCGCGACGACGCCUCUCCGCUGCGCCGCCUCGAUGCUUUGCUGGCAAGCAAAGGCCGUGCCUUCGGGCAUGCAUGGCGUCUCGACUCUGACUCUCGAGCAUGGCACGAGUUUGCCGUGCCCCGUCGAGCUGAGCUUGCGCUUCGCUGCUGCGCCUGCA